AUGGCCCCCCGCUGCUUCAUAAUCCGCCACGGCGAAACUGAAUGGUCGCUGAACGGGCGGCACACGGGAAUCACAGACCUGCCACUCACCGAGAACGGCGAGAAGCGGAUUAAAGCAACUGGAAAGGCUCUUGUCGGCAACGACAGGUUAAUUGCGCCGAAAAAGCUAGUCCAUGUAUAUGUCUCUCCUCGCACCCGCGCGCAGCGGACGCUGGAACUGCUUGAAAUCGGGUGUCGAGAGCGCCUUCCCUGGACAGAGAAGCGCAAGGCCGAAUCUGACGAGCCGAUCCGGACGGAAGCGAAAGUGGAGAUUACAGAGGCUAUCCGAGAAUGGGAUUACGGCGACUACGAGGGUUUGACGAGUAAGCAGAUCCGAGAGCGAAGGGCGGAACAAGGGGAGGGGAGCUGGGAUAUUUGGCGGGAUGGGUGUCCCGGGGGAGAAUCACCUGAAGACGUCAUGAAACGACUAGACGCGCUGAUUGCUGAGAUUCGAGAAAAGCACCACAAGCCGUGUUUCGAGGGUAAUAAGGAGAGCGGCGACGUGCUUAUCGUUGCGCACGGGCACAUCCUCCGUGCGUUUGCGAUGCGCUGGACGGGCCGACCGUUAACGGAGACGGCGCUGAUUCUGGAGGCUGGUGGUGUAGGCACAUUGAGUUACGAGCACCAUAACAUCGAAGAGCCGGCGAUCAUCCUCGGUGGAGGAUUUGUCGUGGAGAAUUGAGCUGAGCUGGUUCCUGCAAAGACCUAAAUAAUAGUUAGAGAUAU